GCCCAAAUUCACCGAUUCAGUCAAUUGGUUCGGUUCGGAACAACAAUAGCAAUAGCAAUAGCAAAAGCAAUAGCUAGGCUAGCUUUCUUGUCUGCCAUCGGUGUUUUUUUGGUUGACUUGCAUAUCAAUAAUCAAUAUGGACGUGGCAGCGAUUGCUGUCCGCUCACCGGCGACUCCAUCGAUCAUCCUUCCAAGACCUAGUAACGCCGCUCGCCUUGUUUCUAAUAUUCGGUUCCCUCGUAAGCUAUGCACAACUUCUGUGUCUAUCCCCAAACAAGGUCAUAUGAGUUUCUCUGUUGGAACUAGAAGAAGAGCCUUAGUUGUUAGAGCAGCAGCGUCGGACUCGGAUGAAUCCGCUAAUAAGAUUGCUCCUCUUCAGCUCGAGUCCCCGAUUGGACAGUUCCUUUCUCAAAUUUUGAUCAAUCACCCGCAUCUCGUGCCUGCUGCGGUUGACCAACAGCUUCUACAGCUCCAAACUGACCGUGAUUCUGAAUCUGAUCCCAAUAAACAGAAUCAAGAUCCUUCUUCUUCCUCCACUGAUUUAGUUUUAUACAGGAGGAUUGCUGAGGUGAAGGCUAAUGAAAGGAGGAAAGCACUGGAAGAGAUUUUGUAUGCACUGGUGGUGCAAAAGUUCAUGGCUGCUAACAUUUCCCUCAUACCCUCCAUAACCCCAGACCCAACCGGUAGAGUUGAUUCAUGGCCAAAUGAUGAUGAGAAGCUUAAGCAGCUUCACUCAUACGAAGCAUAUGAGAUGAUCCAAAACCACUUGUCUCUCAUUCUGGGUAACAGAGCAGGAGAUUUGACAUCCAUAGCUCAAAUUAGCAAACUCAGGGUAGGGCAGGUCUAUGCAGCAUCAGUGAUGUAUGGUUACUUUCUUAAGCGAGUCGACCAAAGAUUCCAGCUGGAAAAGACAAUGAAAGUUCUUCCAAAUGCAGCAGAAGACAGUAGUGUUCAUAAACCUGUCAAGGACGAUGCAAGACCCGGUAAUGGAGAGAACACUUCUCAAGUGAUGUCUCAUCCUGAAUUAUCUCCAUGGCUUGGCGGUGAUGUCAGUCCUGGUGGAUUUGGUUCUGGUAUAAAGCCGACUAGGUUGCGUAACUAUGUGAUGUCCUUUGAUGGUGAUACCCUACAGAGAUAUGCGACAAUAAGAUCCAAAGAGGCUGUGAGCAUCAUUGAGAAGCACACAGAGGCAUUGUUUGGAAGACCUGAAUUUGCUAUUACACCUGAGGGGGCAAUCGAUUCUUCAAAGGAUGAAAACAUCAAAAUUAGCUUUGGUGGCUUAAAGAGACUUGUUCUAGAGGCUGUGACUUUUGGUUCUUUUCUCUGGGAUGUUGAGAGCUACGUGGAAUCGAGCUACCAUUUUGUCUUAAACUGAGCUGGGCUUUUGUUCCCGUACAUCCCAAUGCAUGGUUUUAGACUUUUAGGGUGUUGGUACUGACUAAGCAAAAUAAUUUAAUGUAACUCGGUGUUAAAGGUCCUACUAUUGUUCAUUAAUUGAUGUGUAUAUACUAUAUAGUGAUGUUGGCUCAAAUGCCUCCCGAUUAAGUUAUUGACUUAAUGUAUUUUUUGUUUACUGUA